AAUGUGAAUGAGAAAAAGCCGAGCGUAAUUUGAAGCUUGAUGGAUGUGAACCCUGGCUGCGAAAACCCCCCAACCACAGCCUGUGUCACACUCGGAUUUCGAAGGAGCCCCCGGAUCCCGGAGAGCGAUGAUAUCCAGGGGAAAGCGGAGCCUCGUACCAUCGGGCAACUGACUUGAGCCUUGCACCUUGGACUUGCUCAAACCUUGCCUGUUCUCCUGUCCACCCUUCUGGCCACCCUUCGCUUGUAUGUGCGCCGACUUUAGCCCAUUGACUGUGAUGCAGCGACCACUGGGAAGCGGGACCGCCUUCAGCAUAGACUCCCUGAUAGGCACCAGUCCACAACCCAGUCCUGGUCACUUCGUCUACACCGGCUACCCUAUGUUUAUGCCCUACCGGCCGGUUGUCCUGCCUCCGCCGGCCCUUCCACAGCCGUCAAUGCAGCAUAACCUCCACGCCGUGCCCAACCCUCACCACCACCACCACCAAGUGAGCAACCUGGCCGGCUCUCUCUCCAACGGCUUCUGCACCAGCCUCGGCCAAGGGAUGGCCGUCACUGCCCUCAUGGCCACUUUGCCGGGCACCGGCGAAGGCAGCCGAAGCUUCCCGCCUUCCCCCAACCGGGAGCCGGCCAGGAAGUUCAUGCAGGCUCUGGUGACUCUGGACAAGACUGAAGGCGGGGUCCAACAGGAGGGCGAAGAGACCAAGGCAUUCCUGUGCAAAGACGCCCCGACUCUGUCUUUUCCAGUCUCUGAAGCGGUGCACGCAGUUAUUGGUGCUGUCACGACUAACAGAGGACACGACAAAGUGGAGUCGCAUGUAGACGAAGAUCCCAAAAGCAAAGAUGAGAGUUUUUCCAUGGACAGUGACCUCGAUUACAGUUCUGAUGAUAACAUCACAUCGCAGGCCACUCACAAGGGAGAGGAUACCGGCGCGGGCCUGGAGGAGAAUCUCCACCACAAAACCACCGCAACCAGUACAGCGACGGGCAAAAACAGAAGGAGGAGAACAGCUUUCACCAGCGAACAACUGCUGGAACUGGAGAAGGAAUUUCACUGCAAGAAAUACCUGUCGCUGACCGAGAGAUCCCAGAUAGCCCAUGCCCUCAAACUUAGCGAAGUACAAGUCAAAAUCUGGUUUCAGAACAGAAGGGCCAAAUGGAAACGGGUGAAGGCGGGCAACGCUAACUCCAAAUCUGGAGAGCCGUCCAGGAAUCCCAAAAUCGUGGUGCCAAUCCCAGUGCACGUCAGUAGAUUCGCGAUCAGAAGCCAGCACCAACAAUUGGAGCAACCCAGGCCGUGAGGCAAAACUUUCCAACGCGGCAAGAUUAGGGGCAGAGAGAGCGCGCGCACACACACUUACACAUACACUUACACACACACACACUCUUACACAAAGACUAACUUCCAGAACGAAAAGCCGAGACUUGCAACGGACAGACCCCUAUUUAUUAUAAAUGAAUAAUUAUACUUUGUUUGUAUAUAAAAACUGAGAGAAAAUGCAUCAGCCCUGUACAGUGUUUGACUGUUUUGUGGACCAAAACAUAUCCACUGGGAAUUGCGCGAACUUCUACAUUCCUGGAGAGAAAAGGAACGCGAUACUGAGGGUUACAUUUAAAACAUCUGACAUUGGUGUUUUGACCACUUUGCAUUGUUUCAUCGUAUCCCACAAGGUAAAUUCCGUAAAGUAUUGCUAUUUAAUGUCCAUUUUUUGAACGUACACGCGGACACUGUCAUUGUGAUAGAUUUCGUUUUUUUAAUAUAUUUUCUCGGCGUAAUUCACUUUUCAAAUUGCGGUUCCUUUUUAAAGGGGAAGGGGGAGAAAAAACGAAGUAUGGCUUAUAUAAAAAUAAUGGUGUUAAUUUAUUUUACAUUUUCUUUUUGGAAAAUACGUAGCAUAUUUCUUAUAAAUUAUGAAAAUUAUCCAAAAACAUUCAUAAAAUGCCUUGUGAAUAAAACCGAGCGUCGGUUACACAAAUAA